GUUGGGAACGCCGUCUUUCUGAAAGCCUCUUGCAUGACUCACGGGGGACCAGACAGGCUGGCCUACCUCUCCUUGUUCCUGUUGGGUGUUGUCCAUGUUCCAUCAUGUUGAGGGCUAAGACUCAGCUUUUAUUGCUUUCCCCUCAUUACCUGAAGUACUCAAAGAAGUCAUCAAGUUCCAGAUAUGUAUGGCAGCGGCUUCUACACCAGCAACAACCCCUUCACCCAGAAUGGGCUGCCCUCGCAAAAAAGCAGCUGAAAGGCAAAAACCCAGAAGACCUAAUAUGGCACACUCCAGAAGGGAUCUCUGUAAAACCUUUGUAUUCUAGUAGAGAUACCAAGGAAUUACCUGAAGAGCUUCCUGGAGUGAAGCCAUUCACACGUGGCCCAUAUCCAACCAUGUACACCUUCAGACCCUGGACAAUCCGCCAGUAUGCUGGUUUUAGUACUGUGGAAGAGAGCAAUAAGUUUUAUAAAGAUAAUAUUAAGGCUGGUCAGCAGGGAUUAUCUGUUGCCUUUGAUUUAGCAACACAUCGUGGCUAUGAUUCCGAUAACCCUCGAGUUCGUGGUGAUGUUGGGAUGGCUGGAGUUGCUAUUGACACUGUGGAAGAUACCAAAAUUCUCUUUGAUGGAAUUCCCUUAGAAAAAAUGUCUGUGUCUAUGACCAUGAAUGGAGCUGUUAUUCCAGUUCUUGCAACUUUUAUAGUAACUGGAGAAGAGCAAGGUGUACCUAAAGAAAAGCUUACGGGUACAAUCCAGAAUGACAUCCUAAAGGAGUUUAUGGUCAGAAAUACUUACAUUUUCCCUCCUGAACCAUCUAUGAAAAUUAUUGCUGACAUUUUCCAAUAUACAGCAAAGCACAUGCCAAAAUUUAAUUCAAUUUCGAUUAGUGGGUACCAUAUGCAGGAAGCAGGAGCUGAUGCUAUUCUGGAAUUGGCCUAUACUAUAGCAGAUGGAUUAGAAUACUGUAGAACUGGACUCCAGGCUGGUCUCUCCAUAGAUGAAUUUGCACCAAGAUUGUCCUUCUUCUGGGGAAUUGGAAUGAACUUUUAUAUGGAAAUAGCAAAAAUGAGAGCUGGGAGAAGACUCUGGGCCCAUCUGAUAGAGAAAAUGUUUCAUCCUAAGGACUCUAAAUCUCUUCUUCUGAGAGCACAUUGUCAGACAUCUGGCUGGUCACUUACUGAGCAGGAUCCUUAUAAUAACAUUAUUCGAACUACAGUUGAAGCCAUGGCAGCAGUGUUUGGAGGAACUCAGUCUUUGCACACAAAUUCUUUUGAUGAAGCUUUGGGUUUGCCCACUGUGAAAAGUGCUCGAAUUGCCAGGAACACACAAAUCAUCAUACAGGAGGAAUCUGGAAUUCCCAAAGUGGCUGAUCCUUGGGGAGGUUCCUAUAUGAUGGAGUCUCUCACAAAUGAUGUUUAUGAUGCUGCCUUGAAGCUCAUUAAUGAAAUUGAAGAGAUGGGUGGAAUGGCCAAAGCUGUAGCAGAGGGAAUACCAAAACUUCGAAUUGAAGAAUGUGCUGCCCGAAGACAAGCUAGAAUAGAUUCUGGUUCUGAAGUAAUUGUUGGGGUGAAUAAGUACCAAUUGGAUAAAGAAGAAUCUGUGGACGUUCUGGCAAUUGAUAAUACUUCAGUUCGUAAUAAGCAGAUUGAAAAACUUAAAAAGGUCAAAUCUAACAGGGACCAAGCUUUGGCAGAACAGUGCCUUGCUGCUCUGACUAAAUGUGCUGCUAGUGGAGAUGGAAAUAUUCUGGCUCUUGCAGUGGAUGCAGCACGUGCAAGAUGUACAGUUGGAGAAAUCACAGAUGCCAUGAAAAAGGUAUUUGGUGAGCAUAAAGCAAAUGAUCGGAUGGUGAGUGGAGCCUAUCGCCAAGAAUUUGGAGAGAGUAAAGAGAUAGCAUUUGCUAUCAACAGGGUUCAGAAAUUCAUGGAACGUGAAGGUCGCAGACCUCGUCUUCUUGUUGCAAAAAUGGGACAAGAUGGGCAUGACCGAGGAGCAAAAGUUAUUGCUACAGGAUUUGCUGAUAUUGGUUUUGAUGUUGACAUUGGUCCACUUUUUCAGACACCCCGUGAGGUGGCCCAACAGGCCGUGGAUGCUGAUGUCCAUGCUGUGGGUGUAAGCACAUUAGCUGCUGGUCACAAGACACUGGUUCCUGAACUCAUCAAGGAGCUCAGCUCCCUUGGACGACCAGAUAUUCUUGUCAUGUGUGGAGGGGUGAUACCACCACAGGAUUAUGAAUUUCUUUUUGAAGCUGGUGUUUCCAACGUAUUUGGUCCUGGGACUCGAAUUCCAAAGGCUGCUGUUCAAGUGCUUGAUGAUAUAGAGAAGUGUUUGGAAAGGAAGCAGCAAUCUAUGUAAAACUGUUUUCGUUCUACCCUUUUUGUAUUGGGAAAUUACCUAAUUCUAUAGUUCCUCUUAAAAAAUAUCACCAA